AUGGCCGACGUUGAAGCGAACGUGCCUCCAGGUAGCGCGGAGCGACUUACACCACUCGCCUCUUCGCCGAUGUCACUGGCGUCUUCGCCCUCGUUGCCUACACCGACGCCUUCUGUCGUCGAGUGGGAGGAAGCGGGCAGUCCCGGUUCCUGGUACAGGCUUUCAGACUGGAAUGAAGGGGCCGCUUCCGAUGCCUUCUUCAGGGACACACUGAACUACAGCGUAGACCCGUGCGUUGACUUCAGUGCAUUUACCUGCUCGAUGUGGAAGCCAAUGAACGAUUUCUCGGUCAGCUUCGCUAUGGAUAUGAGCGAAACACACAUGAAGCGAAUGGCGGAGCUUCUGCUGCACGGGAGGCCAACCUUCAAUGCGUCGGCUAUGCCAGCGACGUUUCUGCGCAAAUGCAUGCACCAAGCUGAGAAUCUGGAUUCGUUGCGGGCUGUCAGGCAGUUUGCUAGGGAGCUAGGCAUACCUUGGCCCUACGUGUCCCCGUCUUUUAACCACAGCGAAUACGUCUACCCGCUACACGUUAUCUUCGAGCUGAGCAUAAAGUGGGGCAUUAACACUUGGUUCAGUGUCGUGCUGAGGCACUCCCAGACGUCCGUGACAUUCUACAUUGACACGACCACCGUGCCAUCAGAGUGGCUCAGUUUCGUGCACAUGCUAGAAGAAAACAAUGCCCGUGAAUCGUAUUACCGACAUUUCUGCGAGCUCUACGGCGUCGAUGUUCCCGAACGUGCCACACUGCAAGAAGCGUUGGCCGUCGAAAAAUAUGUGCUCGUCACGCUGGACAGUGCUCGAUGGUCCAGCCCUCAAAAAGUUUUGGAUGAAACGACUACAGAAAUCGAGAGGCGGACACGUAACGUCACCUUGGAAGAGUGGGUCGACGUGGUGCUACAAUUCGCGCCGAACGUCACAGAACCUGAGGCGGUUCAUUUCUAUGUUACCAAUAUGAAACUAAUCGACGUCAUUGAUGAAAUAUUUUACUUUCGUAGCCGCGAUGAAAUAAUGGAGCACUUGGCUUGGUGGUUCGCGCAACAAUACGCGCUUCUUGGCUCAUCCAGGGCGCUCCUAGUCAUCGCCGGCAGUAGUGAGAAGGCCGAAAGUAUCAAGGCCGUCGAGUGCUACAAGAUCGCAGCAGAAAAGUUCGGUCUUCUACUAAAUGUCGAGAGCGCCGCAAGUCUUUUCUCGGCCAUCGACAGGCAACAACUGUCGCACUUCUUCAACCAGCUCGUUGAACUCGCAAUUAAGUUCGUUCACCUAAUGCCUUGGAACGACGAUGGCCACCGGUACGUGUCGCAGAAGUUCGACCACCUUCUAGUAACCCUGUGGCCGGACGACAUGACGGACAUGGACGACGUGCUGUUGCUGAAGUACAGCGACUUUCUUGUAUCGGAUAACUCUACCGAGCCGUCGUUCAUGGAUUACUGGGUGCACGCGUCACAAGUGCUGCAAGCUCUGAGCGACAGCGAGUACGAGUGGAUGCAACACAAAUGGCUCACUCAUGAUGGACGUUUGUUCGUGCACGUAUAUUGGACCAAUCAGCUGACCGUGCAGCACGCUGCCAUGACGCCUCCUCUCUACUACUCCAACAACACUGAUCUCCAGGGGGCCAACUUUGGAGGUCUUGGGGCCUCAUUUCUCGCGAAUGUCCUCGAUAUCUUUAAGCCAUCGGUCGUUUACCUGGAGACAAAGCGCCAGAUUGAACACAUUUUGAGUAGGCACGAUAUGGAGCGCUUCCUGGAGGAGAGUGCCUGCGGAUUAGCGGACGGCUCCCAGGUCCAACAGUUCCUCGCCCUCUCGACUGCCUGGCACGCCUUCAAGCUAACCAGCCUCACAGCGGACCAAGCAUUUGAUCGUAACAAACUGGAGAUCGAAUCGUUCCGCCAGACUCGCUCCUUCAGCGACGAGCAGGUGUUCUUCCUGACGUACUGCCGCAGCCUCUGCAAAAUAUACUCCAACCAUACGUGCAACGACGUUCUGAGGCACUUCGGUGGCUUCGCCGAAGCGUUCCACUGCAAAUCAGGCGCUUCGAUGCGUGCGAGGGAUACCUGCGGACUACUUAAGCCCGUGAAUGCCACGCCGAGCAUAAGUCUGCUCAGUUAG